UGGGAGUGGCCGAGGUUGUGUGAUUACUAGAGCUCUUCCUGCCAUUUACACGGUUGGGAGUGAGAGUUUUCGAUCCACAUUUACUUUAUUUUUAACAAAACAUCAGCAAUCGAUCUAAUUUAAGAUGUUCUACACCUGUGGUCCCAAUGAGGCAAUGGUGGUCUCCGGUUGUGGCCGAUCCCCUCCACUAUUAAUUCCUGGAGGAAGAGUGUUUGUUCUUCCCUGCAUUCAGAAAAUCCAGCGAAUAUCUCUCAGUACUCUGACUCUAAAUGUAAAGAGUGAAAAGGUUUACACCAGACAUGGAGUACCUAUCUCUGUCACAGGCAUUGCCCAGGUGAAGAUCCAGGGGCAGAAUAAAGAGAUGCUGGCCACAGCUUGUCAGAUGUUCAUGGGUAAAUCUGAGACUGAGAUCGCUCAGAUUGCCUUGGAGACACUUGAGGGUCACCAGAGAGCCAUUAUCGCUCACCUUACUGUGGAGGAGAUCUAUCAGGACCGUAAAAAGUUUUCAGAGCAGGUGUUUAAGGUAGCCUCCUCUGACCUGGUCAACAUGGGGAUUGGUGUUGUCAGCUACACACUCAAAGAUGUUCAUGACGAUCAGGAUUAUCUAAUCUCGCUGGGUAAAGCUCGUACCGCUCAAGUGCAAAGGGAUGCUCGUAUCGGUGAAGCUCAGUUCAAGAGAGACGCUGUCAUCAAGGAGGCUCAUGCCAUGCAGGAGAAGGUCUCUGCUCAGUAUAAGAAUGAUAUUGAGAUGGCUAAAGCACAGAGAGACUAUGAGCUGAAAAAAGCUGCCUAUGAUGUUGAGGUCAACACUAAGAAGGCGGAGUCUGAAAUGGCCUAUCAGCUUCAGGUGGCUAAGACAAAGCAACGUAUUGAGGAGGAGAAGAUGCAGGUUCAGGUCGUUGAGCGCACGCAACAGAUCACUCUACAGGAGCAGGAGAUCACUCGCAGGGAGAAGGAGCUGGAAGCUAAAAUCAGGAAACCAGCUGAGGCUGAGAGAUACCGUAUUGAGAAGCUCGCCGAGGCAGAGCGACUUCAGUUGAUCAUGGAGGCAGAAGCUGAGGCAGAGUCCAUCAGAAUGAGAGGUGAGGCUGAAGCCUUUGCAAUGGAGGCUAAGGGUCGUGCUGAGGCUGAGCAGAUGUCCAAAAAGGCUGAAGCUUUUAAACAGUACAAAGAGGGAGCCAUGGUGGACAUGCUGCUGGAGAAACUCCCACUGAUGGCAGAAGAGAUCAGCAAGCCAAUCUGUGCAGUCCAGAAGGUUACCAUGGUGUCCAGCGGAGGAUCAGAGGUCGGCGCAGCUAAACUGACAGGAGAGGUUCUGGAAAUCAUGACUCGCCUGCCGGCCACAGUGGAGAAACUGACUGGAAUCAACAUCUCACAGGUGUCCUCAACCCGCAUGGGCUAAUGUAGUUCAUGGAGAAUGAAUCAGACCUGAUCACCUCUGAGGAUGGAUCUCAGCUCCUCUUGUCCAUGUAUGCAUGUGUGUGUUAGUACUAAACCUGGAACCUUGAGGUCAAUGUAGUUUAGUUUUUGCUUUGUUUUUUGUAAUCCACCUUAUAAUGUUUGAUUAAGUUUUUUAUAUAUAUAUAUAUAUAUAUAUAUAUUCUGUUUUGUGAAUUACAGUAUAUUAUAUAAUCAUAUGUGGUAUAUUUAAUGGGAUAGUUCACCCCAAAAUGAACAUUCUCUGAUAAUUUACUCAACUUCAUGUCAUCUGAGAUGUGUAUGUCUUUCUUCUGCAAAACACUUUUGAAGAUUUGUAGAAAAAGAUCCAGGCUCAGCAGGUCCUUGGAUUGUGAGUGGAUGGUGAUUAGAUAUUUGUAGGCCCAAAAAGCACAGAUAGUCAGCAUAAAAUAAAUCAAUCCCAUACAUUGAUGUCUUCUAAAGCAGUGUUUCUCAACCUUUUUGGAGUAUUGGACCCCCAUAAUAUCUGAAACCAGCCUCAUGGACCCCCCUACCCCUGUUCUCACCCACCAUCCACUGUUUUCUUUCCAAUCACAAUGAUUUUCACAGUUAAACGCUAUGAAUGCAAUAUCAGUGAAUGCAAGUUAAGUAAAUAAUCAUUUUUUUUAAUGACUGGCAACUAGAAUGAAUCGCAUCUGGCCAUUUAAUUUGAUUGCAUUGAAACGGCACAACACAUUACACAAUCACAACAACAUUGUCAAUUUCAGAACAAUAUUCUACUGCAUUCUGUAAAACAUCACAUGUCCAUUAAUGUCCAAUUUGAGAUUAAUAUUUUAACAACAUCCAUUUGAAUGUUACUUUCUUUUGUAAACUUCUUUUGUACACACACUUAAUACUAAAAUUUCAUUCUACUGCAUUAAAAUUACACAACACAUGCUUCAUAUACAACCAAUUCUUUGGAACAAUAUUCUCUUUCAACACAUGGAACAGUUUCAACACUGCCAUCUAUGUAAUUUGACUUUAACUUUUUAACAUGUCCAUCUGAAUGUUAUUUUACUUGAAUCUUUUGUUUAAUGUGAAAUUUGCACCUGUUUAUCACAAAUAAGCUUGUGCAUCCUGGGGUGAAGUGUAGCAACAGCAGCAAUAAGGUUCCUCUCCA